CGAUGCAGGAGGCAGUGGCCUUGGCUAAAAAUAGCCUGUGCUCGGCCAUCGCUGGGUGGGGCUGGAGCGGCCAGUCCCUGCCCUGGCACCCCUGGCAGUCUGGGCGCGGCCACUCUCUGCUGCUGUCCGCUGCUCUCGAGAAGCUGGGGAAGCCGCCUGUGGACACCGGACGGUGAGCCCCAAGAUGUCGCUGGUGGCGCUGCCCUUCUACCAGAGACGGCACAAGCACUUUGACCAGUCCUACCGCCAUGUCCAGACACGGUACCUUCUAGAGGAGUACGCCGCCAAGAGCAGGCGGGCCUCGUCCCGGUCAUCCUCCGUGCAGGCGUCAAGCAGCCAGGCUGUGUCCCAGCGAGCAUCCAGCCAGGCUGUAGCCCAGCGAGCGUCCAGCCAGGCCGUGUCCCAGCGAGCAUCCAGCCAUGCCGCGGCAGGAGGGGCCACCUGCAGGGUCUGUGCCAAGCGGCUGGAGGCCUCGGAGGAGGAGGAGGAGUAUGAGCAGGACGGAAGGUACAGGUCCUCUUCGGCAGCUUAUGGCGAGGCCAAGCGUCGGCGCUUCCUGGGCGAGCUGGCCCAGGCUCAGGACAGUAUGGGGCUGGCCCGCGCCCAGGCCCGGGACCUGCUGGACAGAUACACAGCCUCCGGACAGCUCUCAGUGGACGACAGGCUGGGCUGGGCAAGGUCCAGCUUUGGCUUCGAGGAGCGGAUGGGCAGAGCCCCCGAGAUCCUGGUGCGUCUGCGCUCGCACACGGUGUGGGAGCGGAUGUCGGUGACCCUGUGCUUCACGGUGCAGGGCUACCCCACCCCGGUGGUGCAGUGGUACAAAGACGGCAACUUGAUCUGCCAGGCAGCAGAGCCGGGCAAGUACCUGAUCGACAGCAAGUAUGGAGUGCACACGCUGCAGAUCAACAGGGCACACUUCGAUGACACGGCCACCUACUCCGCAGUUGCCACCAACGGGCAUGGACAGGUGUCGACUCAGGCAGCCGUGGUGGUGAGACGCUUCCAUGGGGACGAGGACCCGCUGCGUUCCGUGGGCCUCCCCAUCGGUCUGCCCCUGUCGUCUGAGGUCCCACACACCCACUUUGACAUCCAGUUCUUGGAGAAGUUCGGGGUCACCUUCAGAACUGAGGGGGAGACCCUCACCCUCAAGUGCACGCUGCUGGUGACGCCUGACCUGAAGCGGGUGCGGCCGCGGGCCGAGUGGUACCGGGAUGACGUCCUUCUCCAGGAGUCCAAGUGGACCAAGAUGUUUUUCGGGGAGGGCCAGGCCUCGCUGUCCUUUGGGCAGCUGCACAAGGACGACGAGGGUCUGUACACGCUGCGCAUCGUGUCCCGGGGUGGCGUCACGGACCAUAGCGCCUUCCUGUUCGUCCGAGACGCUGACCCGCUGGUGACAGGUGCCCCGGGCGCACCCAUGGACCUGCAGUGCCAUGACGCCAACCAGGACUACGUCAUCGUCUCCUGGAAGCCGCCCAACACCACCAAUGAGAGCCCUGUGCUCGGCUACUUUGUGGACCGGUGCGAGGUGGGUACGGACACGUGGGUGCAGUGCAACGACACGCCCGUCAAGGUGUGCCGCUACCCGGUGACGGGGCUCUGCGAGGGCCGCUCCUACACCUUCCGCGUGCGGGCCGUCAACAGCGCUGGCACCAGCAGGCCUUCCCGCGUCUCUGACGCCGUGGCCGCCCUGGACCCUGCCGAGCUCCGGAGGCUGCAAGCCGUCCGCCUCGAGGGGGACAAGGAGAUCGUGAUCUGCCAGGAGGACCUGGAAGGUGACGUCCAGCUCCCGGGCCCCCCCACCAACGUGCAUGCGUCAGAGAUCAGCAGGAACUACGUGGUGCUCAGCUGGGAGCCGCCCACGCCCCGUGGCAGGGCCCCCCUGAUGUAUUUCAUUGAGAAGUCUGUGGUGGGCAGCGGGAGCUGGCAGCGAGUCAAUGCACAGAUGGCCGUGCGCUCCCCCCGCUAUGCCGUGUUUGACCUGGCCGAGGGGAAGCCCUAUGUGUUCCGGGUUCUGUCCGCCAACAAGUACGGCCUGAGCGACCCGUCAGAGAUCACGGCCCCCAUCCAGGUGCAGGAUGCAAUGGCGGUUCCUUCGGCACCUGGCCGGGUGCUGGCCUCGAGGAACACCAAGACAUCAGUGGUGGUGCAGUGGGAUCGGCCGAGGCAGGAGGAGGAGCUGCUGGGCUACUACGUGGAGAGCUGCGUGGUGGGCAGCAACCGCUGGGAGCCCUGCAACCACAAGCCCAUUGGCUACAACAGGUUCGUGGUGCAUGGCCUGACCAGCGGGGAGCAGUACAGCUUCCGUGUGAAGGCCGUGAACGCGGUGGGCGCCAGCGAGAACUCGCAGGAGUCUGAUGUCAUCAAGGUGCAGGCUGCCCUCACCGUCCCGUCCCCGCCCUACGGAAUCACGCUGCUGAGCUGUGAUGGCCACUCCAUGACGUUGGGCUGGAAAGUGCCCAGAUUCAGCGGAGGGGCGGCCAUCUUGGGCUACUACCUGGACGCCCGUGAGGCUGGACACGCCCGCUGGCACGAAGUCAACUCCUCACCCGUCAAAGAGCGGCUCUUCACGGUGGAGAAUUUGAUGGAAGGCUCCGCAUACGAGUUCAAGAUCGCUGCCACCAACCUGGCGGGCAUCGGGCAGCCGUCGGAGCCCAGCGAGCUCUUCCUGUGUGAGGCCUGGACAGCGCCCGAGCCUGGUCCUGCCUUUGACCUGACCUUCUGUGAGGUCAGGGACAACUCCCUGGUCCUGCUCUGGAAGGCGCCCGUGUACGCCGGCAGCAGCCCCAUCUCCGGCUACUUCGUGGACUUCAAGGAGGAGGCGGCCGGGGAGUGGCAGACUGCGAAUGAGAAGCCGACUGCUAAUCGCUAUCUGAAGGCCUGUGACCUCCUGCAGGGCAAGACCUACGUCUUCCGGGUGCGGGCCGUGAACGCCAGUGGGGAGGGGAAGCCGUCGGACCCCUCAGAGCCGGUGCUGGUGGAGGCCAGGCCAGGCACCAAGGAAGUCACUGCAGGUGUGGACGAGGAGGGCAACAUCUACCUGGCCUUUGAAUGCCCGGAGGUGACCGAUGCUUCACAGUUUACCUGGUGCAAGUCCUACGAGGAGCUUCCUGAUGACCCCCGCUUCCGGAUAGAGACCCUGGGAGACCACUCCAAGCUGUACCUCCAGACUCCGGACAAAGGGGACCUGGGCACCUACUCAGUGUCCGUGAGUGACACGGAUGGCAUAUCAUCUAGCUUUGUCCUGGAUGAGGCGGAGCUGGAACGUCUGAUGGCCUUGAGCAACGAGAUAAAAAAUCCCACCAUCCCACUGAAGUCCGAGCUGGCCUAUGAGCUCUUCGACCAGGGCCAGGUCCGCUUCUGGCUGCAGGCAGAGCACCUGUCCCCCGACUCCACCUUCCGCUUUGUCAUCAACGACCGGGAGGUGUCGGACAGCCCGACCCACAGAAUCAAGUGCGACAAGUCCACGGGCAUCAUCGAGAUGGUCAUGGACCGCUUCACCAUCGAGAACGAGGGCACCUACACGGUGCAGCUGCAGGACGGCAAGGCCAAGACGCAGUCCUCCCUGGUGCUCAUCGGCGAUGCAUUCAAGACGGUCCUGGCGGAGGCUGAGCAGCAGCGGAAGGAGUUCCUCAGGAAACAAGGCCCCCACUUUGCUGAGUAUCUGCGCUGGGAGGUCACUGCGGAGUGCGAGGUUCGCCUGUUCUGUAAGGUCGCUAACACGAAGAGAGAAACCGUCUUCAAGUGGCUGAAGGAUGAUGUGCUGUAUGAGGCGGGGACACAGCCCGACCUGGAAAAGGGGUUGUGUGAGCUGCUCAUCCCCAAGCUGUCAAAGAAGGACCACGGGGAGUACAAGGCGACCUUGAAGGAUGACAGAGGUCAGGACGAUACCAGCCUGGAGAUUGCAGGAAAAGUGUACGAUGACAUGAUCUUGGCAAUGAGUAAAGUCUGUGGAGCGUCGGCUUCCCCCCUGAAGUUCAUCUGCACCCCGGAAGGAAUCCGGCUUCAGUGUGAGAUGAAGUACUUCACUGAAGAGAUGCGGGUCAGCUGGUAUCACAAAGACGCCAAGAUUGCGUCGGGCGAGCACAUGCGUGUGGGUGGCAGUGAGCAGAUGGCCUGGCUGCAGAUCUGUGAGCCCACCGAGAAGGACAAGGGGAAGUACACCUUCGAGAUCUCCGACGGCCAGGACACGUACCAGCGCUCACUUGACCUGUCGGGCCAGGCGUUCGACGAUGCCCUGGCAGAAUUCCAGCAACUCAAGGCAGCAGCCUUCGCAGAGAAGAAUCGCGGCAAAGUGAUAGGAGGUCUGCCGGAUGUGGUGACGAUCAUGGAGGGCAAGACCCUGAACCUCACCUGCACGGUGUUCGGGGACCCGCCGCCCGACGUGGUUUGGGCCAAGAACGACAGGGACCUGGAGCUGAGCGAGCACUUCGCCGUGAAGGUGGAGCAGAGCAAGCUGGUGAGCCUGACCAUCUCGGGCGUGACGGCCGACGACUCGGGCAAGUACACCAUCAGCGUGCGCAACAAGCACGGCGGCGAGAAGAUCGAUGUCACAGUCAGCGUGUACCAGCAGGGCGACAAGCUGCCCGCCGCCGCCCCGCCCCAGCAGGCCAAGCCCCGGCUCAUCCCCGCGGCCACGGCGGGGGCGGCCGAGUGAGCCCUGGCCACUGCCCUGUCCCCCCCUUACCCGCUGCUGGGCCACAGCCGAAUAAAAGGGUCGG